AAUGGGCGGGGUCUAGGCCCUGAGUGGGGCGGGUUUGCUGCUCACUCCUUCAGUCAGUCGCCUCAAGUUGGUCGGGCAGAAGAGAGCGAAAGAAGCAAAGCCAUGGAGAAGACCCGGCGGCCCGUAGUGGUGACUGGGUUCGGUCCAUUUGGGGAGUAUUCUGUCAAUGCCAGCUGGAUCGCAGUUCAGGAAUUGGAGAAAAUGGGCCUCGGAGAGGAUGUGGAUCUACAUGUCUACGAGAUUCCUGUUGAGUAUCAGGCUGUGCAGAGGCUCAUUCCUGCCUUAUGGAAGAAACACAGCCCACAACUUAUAGUUCACGUGGGACUGUCUGGCAUGGCCACAACAGUGACGUUGGAAAAAUGCGGCCACAACGUGGGAUACCGGGGUUUAGACAACUGCCACUUCUGCCCAGGUUCCGAAUGCUGCAUUGAAGGGGGCCCAGAAUGCAUUGAUUCGAUCAUCGACAUGGACGCCGUGUGCAAGAGAGUCUCUGCAUUGGGACUGGAUGUCACAGUCACGAUAUCAGAGGAUGCUGGGCGGUAUCUAUGUGACUUCACAUACUACACUUCCCUGUACCAGAGCCAUGGGCGAUCUGCAUUUGUCCACGUGCCUCCCUUGGGAAAACCAUACAGCGCAGAGCAGCUGGGCCGUGCACUCCAGGCCAUCAUAGAGGAAAUGCUCAAUGUCUUAGAACAAUCUGAGAGCAACAUCAACUGUCACAACGAACAUUGAACUCGGGCCAAAGUCCCUGCCUCUUUACUUUCCUCAUGGUUGCACUUCCAAAAACUUUUCUCCUGUUCUUACAGAAUCCCAGCUGGCAGCGUCCAUGUAGAGGAUUGAGAACAGAAAUGGAUUCCUGGCACUCUGUGGAGAUACAUUUUGGGAGAUCCUCCUUUGCUUCUCUUUUGAUUCCAGCCAAACUAGUUCUCGCUAACUUCUCGGGGUCCCCAUCGGUGUUCAGGUCCUGCAAAGAUCGUUAAGCGGAUUGAGAGGAUCUGCCAGUUAGGCAAUUGCUCCAGUUGUCUGAUGUGCUCCAGUUCAAUUUUGCAAGGCCUUUGUGUUUUCAGAAGGACAAUUUGAUGGUUCCACUCAACUUGUAGCAGUGCUUUCGGUUCAAAAUGUAGGACCCUCGCAGGAAGUGCUGUUCCCUUUACAGGAAGAUGUAUUGUACAUUUACCCGGAAGCUUGGAAGAUUUUAUUUUCUUCACUGCUUAAAACAGAUUCCUCCAAUUUAUAGGGUAGAGUUCUGCUCUUCAUAAGGAACGCUUGGGGAUGAAAAGAGAGGCGGGAAAAUUUCCUUUAAUUGACACCUCAUGCCAAAUCUGUUGAUGGUGUGUGUGUUUUUUUUUAAAGAAAGACCAGAUCUCUUUGGAUUUUGCCUUUCCUGACUUCCGUAGCCACCCAUCGAUCUGAAAUGUAGAGCUUCUCUUCUCUUCUGGCCUGCUGGCUUAAUGUGCCGUAGGAACUGGCCUCUUCCCCCCACCCCAUCCCCAAUAGCCCUACCGUAGCUAUCUUUCCCAGUGCCUCAAAGUGAGAUGUUGCUCAAAUAUCCUUUUGUACCUUAGAAAAAUAAUAUGGUACAUAUCCUUUUCUAACCUUUUCUGCUCUGCUGGGGAGGGAUGAGACUCUGGAUCGAGAUUAGGAUUUUGGCAUUUCUGCUUGCUUGGAGAAGGGAGUGAAGACUUGCUGGCACCAUCUUUUGCCUGGUGGAGGCCUCUUUUGCUUCAGAAGCGCCCAUGAUUUCUUCAGCAGAGUAGUUUUCCAGGAAUUUCCCCUGGGCUCUCCCUUCCGUAAUGCUUACCUGAUGGUGGGCCCUUGCCGGCUCUGUAGAAAACGAUGCUGCACUUUUUACCUAGAUGGGAUUAGGGUAUAAUAUACAUUCAAAAGAUUAAAGACUGUGGGGUUGUUGUUUUUUUUCCUUUUAAAACGAGCAGUGUUCAACUUCACUCUAAACAGGGAGACUUUGGGGAUGAAGCAGCAGGAAGCAACGUGUAUGGCAGAAUGGAGACUCGGCCACUCUAUAAUCUUGGACAAUGGAAUUGCCUGAUAAAACUGAACUGGCCACAAAAAAAAUAAGCAACUUUGGCUAAAAAUGGUCUGGUUUAAAAUGAAACCGGUUCUUCUUUGCUGUAAAAUCAUUCUUGUUUGAAUCUCUCUCUCUCUCCCUCUCCCUCUCUCUCUCUCUCUUUUUAAACUAAUUGAUCCUGCUUUUAUAGUAACUCUCAGUGAGAGCUGCCUUGUGCUUGUCGGCUUGCUAAACCCAGUGGUAAUCUGGUUGCAAGACAAAGGGAUGCUGGGGUUUGAAUGCGUGGCCGUAUUCUGAGACAGUCUUAUGUGAACCUCAUCUGUAGCCCUUUUUGGGUUGCUAAAGUUGCUCUUAAAAUUGUUUGCACACACCAGCCUCUUACACUUGCAUUCAAAUUCCAAGCACCCUUGGGUGUGGUAAGUCAGCCAACUCCUUCAUUUAAUAAUUUAUUUUAUUUAAUAUUUUUUUUCAUCCAAAUGUGAUGGCUUCUGUGCUUUUCCCCCUCCCCGAUCCCCACUCUAGCAAAGGUGGGGUCAUGGCAUAGGGUCUACAUUUGUUUGUUUUUUUUUAGAUUUGCAAGCAGUCUUCUUCCUUGGAACACUUCGUAAGAUGGCAAACUGUGCAAGGGGCCUUUUGCCCCCUUUUCUUAAAAAAAAAAAAACAGCAACAAUGCAGUUUGAGGAAUAAAAGGCUGCUGUUUUUAGUUCUAAUAAAGUGUAGCUGUGAAAUUUAUAUAAUCUAUUAGAUGGGUGCAGAUAUGCACAUUGUAUAAAGGCUAUCUCUCUUUGAAAUGAUAAGAAUAGGUGACCUGGAUAUUUUUUUUCUUUAAGAUGUGAAAUGGCUUAACAUUUAAAUGGAAGGAAAGGUGGAUUGUUACAAUUAAAAACCUCCUUUUAGGGGACCAUAUCUUUUUUUUUUUUUUUAAGAGAUGGUUACCCUUACUGGAAAUUUCUCUCCCUCAUUCUUCCUUUCUUAAAAUUACAUUUUCUUUUUAUCAUCUGUUUGCUAAGGGAAUGGGAUUUUUCAGGCUUCACUGCAAAAUCCUUUGCAAGGUUGGAGUGACUUGAUUUCAAAGAAAGCUUCUUGGAAUGGUGAGAAGAUUUGCCUGGUAGCACCAUCUCAUUCUGUGGAUUUGACAAUACUUCAGUUUUCAAACAGUCACUUUAUAGUAGUGUUUCCCAACCUUGCUAAUUUUAAGAUAGCAAUAGCAAUAGCACUUAGACUUUUACACCGCUUCAUAGUGUUUUACAGCCCUCUCUAAGCAGUUUACAGAGUCAGCUUAUUGCCCCCAACAAUUUGGGUCCUCAUUUUACCCACCUCGGAAGGAUGGAAGGCUGAGUCAACCUUGAGCCAAUCAGGAUUGAACUCUAUGUUGUGGGCAGAAUUAGCCUGCAAUACUGCUUUCUAACCACUGCACUGCCAUGGUAUGCUUGCUGGGGAAUUCUGAGAGUUGAAGUUCAAAUGUCUUAACAUUGUCAAGGUUGGGAAAUGGUGCCCUACAGUAACCUCAUUUCUGACAAUAUGAGUUCAAGGAAGAGCAUCAAGCAUCCUGGUCUGUCCAUACUGACACAAGGAUUCUUCUGCUAGUCCUCCGCCAUCCCUUGUGUGUUUUUCCUUCCAUGGAACUUUCAGUCCCCUAAUAAUCACACCAUGGGCUGUAUUCAGAAACUUCUGAAUCCGUACCUUUUCUGGAUGCUCUAAACUUGGAUGCUAACUUAGAAUAUGUAUCAUAUACAUACAGAUAGUUCUGAUUUACGACCACAAUUGGGACCAGAAUUUCCAUUUCUAAACAAGGCAGUUGUUAAGGGAGUCAUGCCCACUUUAUGACCUUUUUGGCCGUGGUUGUUUAGCAGAUCACUGCAGUUGUUCAGUGAAUCAUGCCAUCAUUAAGCAAAUCCAGCUUCCCCCAUUCUUUCCUUGUUGGAAGCUGGCUAGGAAGGUUGCUUAUGGUGUAUCCAAGGACGCUGCAGCUGCUGUAAAUAUAUGCCAGGUGCCCAAAAUUUGUUGACAUGACCGUGGGAAUGCUGUGAUGUGAGAACUGAUCGAAGCCCCUUUUUCAGUGCUUUUGUAAUUUUUGAACAGUCGCUAAAUGAAUAGUUGUAAAUCAAGGACUACUAGUAUUUAGUACAAAUAGAUUAAAAAUGAUUACGUAUUCAUUUUGCAUCCCUAUAAUUGACACCUUCAGUUACUGGGAUGUAAAUUAUUAUGACGGCAAUCUGAAACUUUUUUUAACCAGCUGUUUUUGUGUUUAGUGCAGCACACAUAAUUUGUUAGUAUUGUGUGCAAACAAAUACAGAGCUUUGCUUGGAAGCUUAUUUUUACUGGGAGAUUGGUAAAUGUGUGAACAGACUGUUCGAUGGUAUACCUUUAAAGUGUUUAAAACAGUUGAGAAUGUUGAAUUUGGCACAGGAAAGAGGUGUGCAUGUAACCUAAAACUUCUCAAGAGACCUUUUGCCCAGAAUGUGGGGAGGGGGAAGGGAAAAAUCAGGCUUUGGAGUGACAUUUACUGGUGGGAGGUGUGGCAUGGCUCUGAAAACAGCAGCCCAGAGGACAGUUGCUUCUCUUAAUGUACAAUAUAGGGUGCUUCUGUAUAAAUCAUUUUAAGCCUUAUUGUUCAGCUGCACCCCCACUCCCGGGUGUGCAGGAGGAAGAUCUCUCUAUGCUACAAAUUGGGGCUUUUGCCCCACUUUACCAGCUCUGAUUGGACCUCUGUGUCUCUGGUGUUUUUCUAAUGAAAAUGUUGCCUGGCUAGCUUCCACAAUGGGGGUUGGUGUAAAGGGUGGGUGGGGGUGGAAGGGGACUGAUGAACAGCAAUUUGAUCAUCAGCACAGUGUCCUCUGAUGAACUGUCCCAUCGGUUGCAAUAUUCCACACUGCUAAACCAGAAUUUGCCUUGCCGUACAGGCAGACUCAGUCUAGUAGCCUUAGCAAUGUAAUUAUUACUUGUUUGAUAAUUCCUAAUCUUUUUGUCACUAUCCCGAAAAAAUAGGCGCCACUUGAAAACCUAGACGUCAUCCAGAGUCCUCUAAUUCAGGGAAUGGCACUUAUGACAACUUUAUGACCUGUGGACUUCAACUCCCAGAAUUCCUGAGUCACCAGCCCUUGUUAAAAGAAACCAGAUUUUGUAAACCAGCACUUAAAACAUGAGUUUUAGUUUUGUUUUUUUCCCAAAAGUAAAGACCUUUUAGAAUGGGUUUAUAAAUCACACACUGCUAACUAUCAAAUACAGAACACUGUUCAUUCCUUAGUAUCAGUUAGGUUAUUAUAUUUAUUUAAAAGAAACUUAUUUAGUCAGAGCGACAAAAUUACCCAGCCACUACAGCUAGUCCUCAAAUUACAACCGCAAUUCGGACAAGAAUUUCCAUUGCCUCGCAAGAUGGUUAAGUGAGUCGUGCCUGAUUUUAUGACUUUUUUUAGCCAUGGUUGUUAAGCAAAUCACUGCCAUUGUUAAGAGAAUCACAUGGUUGUUAAGCAAAUCCAGCUUCCCCCAUUGACUUUGCUUGCCAGAAGGCAGCGGGGGAAGUCACAAAUGGCAGUCACAUGAAUCCCUGGGAUGCUGUGACCAUUGUAAAUAGAUGCCAGAUGCCUAAGACCUGAAUUUUGAUUGCAUGACUUUGGGGAUGCUGCAGCAGUCAUAAGCAGGAGAACUGGUUGCAGGUCCCUUGUUUCCGUUGUAACUUCGAAUGGCCACUAAACAAAGCCAAGGACUACCUUUAUACCUGGGACUCCAGUGUGGAUCCAAUGCUUGACAGACUCAAAAGUACCCUUUGCAUUUAGGGCACAGGUCCACCUUUGGAAACUUUUAAGCCCUAUGGACUUCAAUUCCCAGGUUUCCCCAGACAGCCAUGCUUGGACACCCCUCCUUUAGGUGGCUGGAGACUUGACUGUUGCAGCCACCACCUUGGGCUUUUGACCAUAUAGAGCCGAGGUGGCGCAGUGGUUAGAGUGCAGUAAUGCAGGCUAUUUCUGCUGACUGCUGGCUGCCUGCAAUUUGGCAGCUCGAAUAUCACCAGGCUCAAGGUUGACUCAGCCUUUCGUCCUUCCGAGGUGGGUAAAAUGAGGAACCCAAAUUGUUGGGAGCAGAUAUGCUGUCUCCGCUUAGAGAGGGCUAUAAAAGAACUGUAAGGUGGUAUGUAAGAGCCGAGGUGGUGCAGUGGUUAGAGUGCAGCACUGCAGGCUACUUCAGCUGGCUGAUAGCUGUGGUUCGGCAGUUCAAAUCUCACUGGCUCAAUGUUGGCUCAGCCUUCCAUCCUUCCGAGGUUGGUAAAAUGAAGACCCCGAUUGUUGGGGGCAAUAGGCUGACUCUGUAAACCGCUUAGGGCUGUAAAAGCACUAUGAAGCGGUAUAUAAGUCUUAAGUGCUAUUGCUAUAUGCUGCAGACACCCCUGGAUGCCUGUAUUUAGACACUUGACUCCAGUUCCAGAGGAUUCAAGCAAGAGUUCCUCUCACCUCUGGCAAUGCAUCAGAUUACCUCUCAAAACGCCACCUGGCUCAUGUGCCUGCCCUUCGGGUCUGCAGCUCCUUGGAGACUGACCAUCUGCUAAAGCUGCCGAAUUUUGUCAAGGUCUGGAAUCCUGACCUCUGAAUCGCCCGAAAUGGUUUUGUUUUCCUUUUGAGUUCUCUUGACUUUUGUUUUCAUUCUAUUUCCAUCUCCUCAGGAAUCUCUUUUCAUUAAAACUCCGGACCUUUUGUUUCACCUUCCCCCACCCCUCCUAACUAUAGAAAAUGUAAUUUAUUCUAUAAUUUCCCAGGUGUUUUUUUUUUUUUUUUUUUUUUGCAAACCAGUUAAUUUUAGGGGAUGGUUGUUUUCUUUCCACCGAACCCCUGUCUUCAGUACUAAGCACCUGAGUAUUUUUUAAUGGUUGCAUUAAACUCCUUUUAUUUAAUCAGUUAAAAA